CACGAAUGUGCAGCCCUUUCAUUCACCCCAACUCGAAAAUCUCUCAGAAUUUUGACACAGCCAAAGUCUUGUCCAUUUCCUCAUUUCAGAGCAGCAGCAGCAGCAGAAGAGUUGUAACCAAGCACCGAAAAUGGCAUCUCGUGAUCAGAGCUACCAAGCUGGUGAAACCAAGGGGCGGGCUGAGGAGAAGACGGGUCAGAUGACAGAAACCAUGAGGCAGAAGGCAGAGGAGGCCAAAGAGAAGACAAGAGAGACGGCCCAAUCCGCCAAGGAGAAGGCCUCCGGAACGGCCCAGGCAACCAGGGAGAAGGCGUCGGAGACUACCGAAGCCGGGAAGGAGAAAACCAGCGGCAUACUGCAGAAAACGAGCGAGCAAGUGAAGAGCAUGGCCGGAUCCGCCAAGGAGGCAGUCAAGCAUACCUUCGGCAUGGCUGGCGACGAGGCUAAUCGGGACAACCCUGCUAGUCGGGACGAUCCGAACCGGGGCACCGCCCGGGACGACACCACUCGUCGGGACGUCUAGACAUUGAAUUUGUAUGAUACGUGUUUGGUUGUUCGUAGUUGCAUGCGUGUGUUAUCGUAAACGGGUUUGGUUUGUAGUUG